AGAGAUCGUGACCUCGUUUUCAAGAAAAUACCAAAGCUUAUUCCUCUUUUCCCGCGAAAGGCCUCCUGGUUGUCCGAUCGGUUCGAAUAUCCCAAACCGCAGCGAUUAAGCCUAUGCUGCUUGUAUAGUGAUUGAGGUCGAUUUCUCAUCACCUCCAUAGACGUAACAAGAAGUUAUACUACGCGGUACAAGAAGUAGCGAUUCGAAAGAGGGUACAUCUAUUUCUGUUGGAUCCGUAGAAUAAGCGACUGAUAACCGGCGGAAUAUUAGAAAGGGACCACAAUGGGGAAGUCAGAGAUCCAGUCCAUGCCCAUCCACCGGCCCGAGUCCAACCUGAUCUGCGUCCCGUCGACCUGCAAGGACCUGUACAUCACCAACUUGACCAACGGGAUUGAGGAGGAGACCGAAGAGAACGAGACCGACGAGGUGGUGCCCAAUGAGGUGGAGAUGCUGCCCAGCCAAGUUGCCGGACACAUGAACGACGGGAAAUCUGCAGGCAUGAUGAGACAGAACGGGCUCAUCCUGAAGCCGAUCGUGAAGAAGGAGUACGGCGAGAGGGAGAUAUGGUUGUACAGGAAACUAGACGACACGGUCGAUAGGUCGUUGAUCGAAUUCAGAGAAUUUGUGCCAAAAUUUUACGGGACUAAGACCGUUAACUUUAUCGGGAAGGAUUACGAAUGCAUCGUCCUGGAGGACCUAACGAAAUACUACAGGGAGCCCUGCAUCAUGGACAUCAAGAUAGGGCGGAGGACUUGGGACCCGAAAGCUACGUACGAGAAAAUCAUAGCCGAAGAGACCAAAUAUCUCGAGUGCAAAAGGGACCUCGGCUUUUGCAUCCCUGGCUUCCAAGUUUACAAGCUCCACAACAAUCAGCUAGUCAAAUUCGGGAAAGAUUUCGGUAAAAGCUUGAACAAGGAACGUGCGGAAGACGCCAUCAAGGCGUUUUUGAACGCCGAAGGUGGUAUCUACUGCCGCAGCCUCAUAGUACAAUUCCUAGCGGCCUUGUGGCGUAUUCAGCACUGGGUGCGCAACCAGAGACGCCUCCGACUGUAUUCCUCCUCGAUCCUGCUGGUGUACGACGCUAGACGGCUCCGCGAACACGUCAAACAUAUCAAAGUCAAGUCGCCCCUGAAGCUUACCAGAAACAAGAGCCUGUACAGGCCCAUCAGCUUGGCCGUGCUCAAUAACGAAGCGGAACGGAUACAGACUGGGUUCAGCGGCCAACUAACGAAGGAGGGUCCGAUCCUGCGGUCGCCCACAUCACCCAACAAGCUAGUCAACCUAGAAGUGCCAUGCGUCGUCAACAACAACAACACGUGGCAGAAGUCCAUCCACACCUUAAGACGCACGCAUUCCUUCCAGAACAACUACGACAAGGACGUGCAGCACAAGAAGCAGAACUACGCGUACAUGCUGGAGCAGCUCUGCUCCGAACAGAAAUCCGAGUGCUGGGCCACGGCGAAGAUGAUCGACUUCGCGCACGUGUUCCCGGCCGAGAAUUGUGAUAUAGAUAGGAAUUACCUGGAGGGCAUCGAGAGCCUGGUUAAGUUGUUCGAGGAGUUUUUGGUCGAGAGCGAAUAGGUUUUUUUUAUAUAUCCGACUGAUAGUUUAUUGACGGGCGCAAGCGGUGUGGGUGUGGAACUUCUGAUUAGGAAUUUUUUACGGUUUACGUCGUAAACUGUAUCUUAACUUCCAAAUUUUUACAUCUUUACACGUUUGGGCUUGUAUUUUUUGCGGUAUAAGACUGUAUUUUGAUUAAAAUUAUAAAAGCAUUCUUUUUAAUUUUAAA